AUGAAGUUAAAAGAAAUUGCGGAAGAAGUUGAAAUAUCAGUUUCUGCAACACGUUUUAUUUCUGAUAAAAUCUGUAAAGGACUUAGUGAUGAUGAAAUCGCAUCAGUAAAAAAAGGAAGGCGCAGCUCUUAUGACGAGACACUUAAAUCUGAAAUUCGAAUGUUAAUUGAGCAUGAUCCAUCUCAUACGUUAGCAUCAUUGAGAAACAUUCUCGUUGAAAGGAAUAUUAAUGCAUCUAUACCAACAAUAUCUAAAUAUUUGAAAUCGAUGGAGUUCACUAGAAAACGACUUACAUUAGUACCAAAAGAAAGGAACUCGCCGCAAAACAUUGAUUUAAGACAAAGUUUUUGUAGGACUAUUAAUUCGAUUCCUGACAAUAACUUAGUGUUUCUAGAUGAAACAGGCUUUAAUUUACAUACUUCUAAACAGUAUCGUUAUUCUAUAAAGAAUACAAAAUGUUUUGUUACAGUGCCAGCAAAUCGUGGAAAGAAUGUAAGUCUCAUGGCCGCUAUAACAGUUAAUGUAUUGGAUAAUUGUGCAUUUCACCGUAGAAGAGAUGUAAUCAAUUUGCUCAGCCAAUCCAGUGUUUCAGUUUACUUUUUGCCACCUUAUUCACCACAAUUGAACCCGAUUGAGGAAUACUAUAGUUGUCUUAAAGCUAAUUAUACUUCUAUAAGGCCGUUUCCAAAAACUAGCAAUGAAGUUAAGGCUACUUUAAAUUCGCUUAAACCGACAAUUGGCGUUGAUUUUUGUGAAUCUGCUAAUGAUUGGAACACCGCACUCGAUAACCAUCAAAUAACGGAUGUUGUCUAUAUUGAUUUCCAAAAAGCGUCUGACUCUGUCUCGCAUACCAAACUAUUAGUAAAACUUUCAUCCUAUAACAUAAAAGGUAAUCUUUUAAAUUGGAUUUCCUCUUUUGUCACCAAUAGAUAUCAACAAGUCAAGGUCGGUAAUUCUAUAUCAAACUCUUUACGCAUUGUUAGUGGAGUUCCACAGGGUAGUGUGUUGGUCCCAACAUUGUUUUUAUUCUAUGUUAAUGAUUUAACCGCUAUAACUAAUAAUCUGGACUGUUGUGUAAAACUUUAUGUAGAUGAUAUAAAGUUAUAUAGCUUGUACUGUGAUAUGGAUCUAAGCCAAGAUUUAGUUGUUGUUUUAAAUAGACUUUUACAAUGGGCAGAAACUUGGCAACUAACAAUUGCUUGUAGUAAGUGUUUUGCACUUAGAAUAGCACCUCCCUCAUUAUGCAAAGGUAUAAAGGUUAACUAUAAAUUAGGUGAAUAUUCUUUGGUUUGGUCUUCAAACCCAAAAGAUCUAGGAGUAACAAUGGGCUGUAACCUUAAUUAUAAAAAACAUAUUUUUAACGUCAUCCAUCAAGCUAACUCUAGAGCAUACUUAAUUUUGAAAUGUUUUAAAACAUGUGACCCUUGUAUCCUAGUUAGAGAUUUCACUACCUAUAUACGACCAAUUUUAGAAUAUUGUUCUCCAGUAUGGUCACCACACCAAAUUAGAUUGAUUAAAUCAGUUGAAAGUGUCCAACAAAAAUUUACAAAAAAAAUAAGGAGCCUCAUAAAUCUUUACUAUCAUAUUAGAUUACAGUUGCUUGGUAUCGAAUCACUCGAAGUUCAGCGCCUUAAAAACCAUUUAGUAACUUGCUUUGCGCCUUAA